GCUCUGAUUUGAAACCAAUCGGUUUCGGUUUCUAUUUUACCAAUUUGUUCUCCCCUUCCCUUCUCUUUCCUUCCCCCCAACUUAAUCCCCUGCCUCCUCAAAUUCCCGAGAAGCAACGAUUUGUGCCCCUCCGAGCCCUAAUUAUCCCCGCGGUUCGCCUCCUGCUCCUCUGCCUCCGAUGGCGUUGGCUGGCGGAACUCUCGCCUCUCCUCCGCCUGAUUCCGUGGAGAACGGUUGUGGCCCUACCGAUCUCGAGGACUCCGUCCUCCGCUCCGGCGUCCGGACGGGCCUCAAGCGGGAGUUCGCCUUCGCUCUCAAGGCGCAGGCUCAGAUUUCCAUCUCCCUUGGCCGCACCCGCUCUGGUAAUUCCCGGUCCGCCCCCGCCGCCGUUGUUUCCCCUCGUGAGAGCAAGCGGAUGAAGAAGCACGCCUCGGAUCUGACGGCCGUGGCCUCCUCGCAUUCGCCUGCUGAUCCUCUGAUGGUGGUCGAUUCUUCUGCGUCUUUGGAUCCGGUUGAACCGGAUGCCAACGCGUCGAUUGAAGGUAAGACUGCAGAUUCGGUGAAUGUUGUUCCCAUGGAGCAGGCGGAUGCUGAAGGAACUCCCUUGACGAGGGACGGUAAAGUGCAGUCUGCCGUCGAUAUCCAUCCUCCUCCAUUGAACUCCAUCAUCUUGGCUCUGGGAUCUUGUUCGAGUAACAAAGUUAAAGGAGUUAGGCGUUCUUCUUUGAUUGUUCCGGCAGAGUUUGAGGCCAGAGGGAAAAUCGAUAAUACAUCAGUAUCUCCUCAAAAUCUGGAUUCAUUGGUAGUGUCGGAUAAUACCCAUGUUGAUGGCAGUGGCAAAAUAUUGGACAAUGAGUUCAUUGGAAGUGAUUGCGUUGAAGACUUGGUUAUGGUUGAUGUCGCUGAUGAACUGGAGGCAGGAACUUCCAGAACAGGGAGCCAUGUAAAAAUUACAGGGCCACCGAGUAAAGGUGUAUCAGAGGAAUCAAAUAUUGUGUCAAUUCCGGUAUUAAUUAUGGAUGAGGGAGGCUUUCCCGUAGGAAGGUGUCCAGAUGGAAUAAGGAUUGACAAUGGUUCAUCAAAGAAGACUUUUGUUAGGAGGUUUACAAGGUCGGCUUUGAAGGUGACUUGUACCGAGCAUAAAGAGACCUCUGUGGAUUCUCAUAUUACAAUGAAUGGUCACUUCAGUCACAAAGAUAGCAAUAGCCAUGUCUUGAGCCCCAUGAGAAGAUUUACAAGGUCAGCUGCUAAGGGGAUAUCCAGCAUCACUAGCACAAGCAGUUCUUCAUCAGGAUCUGAAGAUAGCAAAGGUAUUGCAAAUGCUGCAAGUUGUUCUUCAAUGUUGACUCCUAAUAAGAAAAUGGAAUUAAAGAUGUCAAAGAAAAUAACAUCAACAAAGGUUCCCAGUAACAUAAGGGAAUUGCUUUCCACUGGUUUGCUUGAGGGGUUGCCCGUGAGUUACAAUGCUUCUUGUGGUAAGCAUUUAGCACUAAGAGGUGUGAUUAAGGGCAAUGGCAUACUGUGCUCUUGUGCUUCUUGUGAUGGUUCUAUUGUUGUUUCAGCAUAUGUAUUUGAACAACAUGCUCAUAGCACAAAAAAACACCCAGCUAAUUUUAUUUUCUUGCCAAAUGGGAAAAGCCUUCAUGAUAUUGUUAAGGCAUGCGCCAGUUCACCUUUGGACAUGUUGGAAGCUAGAAUCCAAAAUGCAAUAGGUCAAGUCUCUUCACAGGGUACCUUUACUUGUCAAAAAUGCAAAGGGCCAAUAAUUACUCCUGCAAAGUUUGGAAAUUUUUGUGAUUCAUGUCUGGAAUCACAACAACCUCCAAGAACUCCAAGCCCAAUACAUGGAAGUGCCUUCACAAAAGGGUUAUCGAAGCCUGUUUCUGUAACAAGUCAUGCAGACAGCUCAUCCAAAAACCUAACAUCAAAUAAAAAGACUAGUCUUGGGAGACUGACUAGAAAGGAUAUUGGCCUGCACAAGUUGGUCUUUAUGACUGAUAUUUUGCCAGAGGGUACUGAAGUAGGCUACUAUGUCCGUGGAAAGCGGCUUCUUGAGGGCUACAUAAAAGAUUCUGGAAUAUGUUGUCAGUGCUGCAAUUCUGUGGUUAGCCCUUCACAAUUUGAAGCUCAUGCUGGUCAAGCAUUGAGGCGCAAACCUUACAACUACAUUUACACUUCCAAUGGAGUUUCCCUGCAUGAGUUAUCAGUUUCACUAGCAAAAGAUCGAAAAACGAUAGCUAGCGACAGUGACGAUCUUUGCAGCAUAUGUGCUGAUGGUGGAAAUCUAGUACUUUGUGAUCUUUGUCCUAGAGCAUUCCACAAAGAAUGUAUUGGUUUGUCCAGUGCUCCAAAAGGGGAUUGGCACUGUCGAUAUUGUCAAAGUCUUCAUCAACGGGAGAAAUGUUUGUCGAGUAAUAAGAAUGCAAUUGCUGCUGGGAGAGUUGCUGGUGUGGAUCCCAUUGAGCAGAUAUUUAAACGGUGUAUCCGUAUUGUCACAACAACACUGACUGAUGACAGUUCAUGUUCACUGUGCAGGUGUCAUGAUUUUAGUAGAGGAGGAUUUAAUGACCGCACUGUUAUAAUCUGUGAUCAGUGCGAGAGGGAAUACCAUGUUGGAUGUUUGAGGGAUCAUAAAAUGGCUGAUUUAAAGGAACUGCCUCUAGGAGAAUGGUUCUGCUGCACUGAUUGCAUCCGAAUGCGAAGUGCAUUGGAGGAAUACCUUCAUCGUAGAGCAGAGUUGCUUCCUUCUUCAAAUAUGGACAUUUUAAAGAGGAAAUGUGACAGUAGAGGUUUAGAUAAAAAUUUAGACACUGACAUAAGAUGGAGACUUUUAAGUGGAAGAGCACUUGAAGCAGACAGUAAACUUCUCCUUUCAAGGGCAGUUACUAUUUUCCACGAAUCAUUUGAUCCUAUUGUUGAAGCAUCGACUGGAAAGGAUCUUAUUCCAUCAAUGGUUUAUGGGCGGAGUGUGAAGGGUCAAGAUUUUGCAGGGAUGUAUUGUCCAGUACUAAUAGUUGGUUCAUGUGUGGUAUCUGCGGGAUUAUUACGUUUUUUGGGGAGGGAUGUUGCUGAACUUCCAUUAGUUGCAACAAGUAGAGAACAUCAGGGCCAGGGUUAUUUCCAAUCUCUGUUUUCAUGUAUUGAGAGAUUUUUAGCUUCUCUUGGUGUGAGGCAUAUAGUAUUACCUGCAGCUGAGGAAGCUGAAUCUAUUUGGACUAACAAAUUCGGUUUCACAAAAAUUAGCACAGAUCAGCUGGAGACAUAUCUACAGGGUGCCCAUGCCACAUCCUUUCACGGAACAACAAUGCUAUGCAAGUCGAUUCCUGUUUCAAUGUUUUUGUCACAAGGCGAUAAAAGAUGAUAAUGAUUCGUGUUCAUUUUACAUCUUUCAUUGUCAGUUGGAGGAGCCUUUUUUUAGUGGUGCUUUUCAGUUGGCGAGUAAAUAUUAGAGAGGGUAUGUUUUGUAAACCAAAUAACUCAUCCUCAAAGGCAAUUCUUGGCUAAAUUUUUGGUAGUGUUUUUUUUUUGUUAGCACGUAAUAUGCCUAUGUACACAACAUUAAGAGCUCAAUCCUCAAGCAAUUCUGUGUUUGAUUUUUUUUGUUC